CUUYCGACUCAGUGAACUACGAAUUAAGGUGACGCAUCCUAGAAACCAUACAAAGCAACGCUAACUCAAAASMACUGAGUUUAAAAACUAGUCUAACAUUACUAUAUAGCUCAUCAAAGCCGUYUUAAAUGGUAGUUAAGUUUUCCAAAGAGARAGAAAUGUCGGAUUCAGAGGAAGAAUCGGUCGAAGAYGAAGGCYUGUACCUUGGUGARUACGAAGGAGAGCGAAACGAAGAUGAGCAGAGACAUGGCAAAGGCAAAGCUACAUUGCCUAAUGGCGAUAUCUACGAUGGGCAUUACGUCAAUGGAAAAAGGCAUGGAGAAGGAAYMUACAAGUUUAAAAAAGGAGGGAAAUACGUCGGCGGUUACGCCAAUGGUAAAAAACAUGGCGAAGGGACUUUUUAUUACCCCGAUGGCUCCAGAUACGUAGGGUACUGGAUAAACGACGARCGACAAGGCCAAGGGACAUACUAUUAUACAAACGGGGACACUUAUGAAGGGGAGUGGAAUCAAAAUCAAAGGCAUGGACAGGGCACAUAUACCUACGCAGAAACGGGCUCCAUGUAUAAAGGCAGUUGGAUGAAUGGACGUAUGGAGGGAGCUGGAGAGCUWAUUCACGCUAACCAUCGCUACACUGGCGUAAUGCAGCAAGAUUUACCUAAAGGAAGAGGGAAGUACUCYUUUGAUUUUGGCUGCGAGCAGAGAGGGAAGUACGARCUGAUUGAAGUMGUWCAAGAGACCGAGGAUCAGUUUGAAGGCGAUGAACAAGAAGAGAUUGUUGUCUUGGAACCAAAAUGGCGAUGCGAAGAUCUUGUACAAAAGGAGUAAUUAUCAUUCACCACUCUCUAGCUCRAUAACAAUUUCCUUCGUGMAAACUUGUCUAGGGACAACAAUUUUAGAAAAAGCUGUACAUAUUUCCUGAUAUACUUCUUUUAAUACUAAGAUUUUUUGUUACUGAAGCAAUGCAUGAACUGAAGUUCCUGUAAAGAAUGACUUUAUAAAGAUAUUAUUAUUUAUCGAUGUAUAAUAUA